AUGGAAUCCAAAGAGGAUCACAUUAAAAGGAACAGGCCCCCAUACUAUAUUUUGGAAGUAGACGACAACAAGAAGAAAUACUAUGACUCAAUAAAUUUGUUGAUCAGUUCCUUAUUAAUUCUCCUAAUGAUAAUGAUGAUGAUAAUGAUGAUGAUGAUGAAGAAAGCAGUCCUACUAACAAUGAUUUUGUGACGAACUACUCAUUGUGCCUCUUGAAAUACUAUUUCAUAUUUUUGGAUUUUAAAGAUGCUGUAAAGGAAGGCAAUGGAGAGACAAUUGCAAUUCUCCAUAAACAGCUAGUACCACAUUUUAAGGCAUUACCAGGCUUCAAUAACUAUGCCAUUGAAAUGUUGAUCAGUGUUGUGCAGAACAGUGUUUUUUUAUCAGAUGCUGAGGCCCACCAGUGCAUCUGGGCAUCCACUGUCAAUUGGAGAGGAGGUGCUAGGAAUAACAUUGAAAUCGAUCUGCUCCAAGAAAACAGAAACAAAUCACUAAAGAAGUCAAUUAAGGCAAUGGGUGCAAACAAAACUGAUAAUGCUAUUGACAGGUCUAGCCAUGCUUCAGGAGGGGAAGAUAAAAUUGCGGAAAACUUUGAUGUUCAAAUACAAAGAGAAACCCAGUCCUCCUCUCAUAGCCACAGAACAACAGCUGCAGAUGAAGGUAUUGUUAUGGCAGAUCUCCGUGUUAUAAAGCCCUUUACCAGUGUGCCCAACACAGUGCACGAAUCUUUUCCAGAUAUACAUCCCAACCCUUUAAUAUCCGUUGAU